AUGGAGCCCCCCCGGCAGCUCCGGUCCCGCCUGUUCGGAGGUAAAGGAGCGGCGGGCGCUACGGUCACGGUCCGCACUCCCGCAGCAUUCCCUCCCCGCACGCCUUGCCUUGCCUUGCCGCUGGAGGGGGAUAAACAAACACGUUUGGAACAACAGAAGGCCGUGCUCAGCCGCCUGACCCCACCGCCGGGCCGGGAGAGCGGCUCGGGCACGUCCCCGGUGCUGCCUCACUCCGCCGCCCACCUCCCCGUUCCCACAGGGGCUUCCCCCCCCCUCUCUUUCCUCCCCCGCCCCCGGCAGCAGCCAUGUGUCUGCUCAACCGGGGGAGGUGGGCUCCGCGGCGCCCAGCACUCGCCGCCGGCUAUAAAAACCUCCGGGCCCGGGACGGGCAAGGCUAGGCGAGCGGCCAGGGACCGGCAGAGGAUGGAGAGCGCCGGGAUGGGGUGCGGUUGCGCCCACCGGCCCUCAGCGGCCCUGAGCCCGCAGGGGUACUUGCCCUUCUCCUCCUCUUCCUCUUCUUCCUCGUCCUCCCCCCGGUGUGGGGCGAGGCCCGGCCUGGCUCCCACCGUUCUGCCAUUGCCCCGAAGGCCCUCGCCCUUCUGGAGGCCCUGGGUGCCCGCGCCUGAUGAAGCGGACGGGCGGAGCGGCACCGGUCCCGCCGCGCCUCACAGCCCCCGUGGGCUAGCAGAAGCCUCCCGAAAGCUGGCGCAGUACACGCAUCCCGUCAGAUUAUUUUGGCCCAAAUCAAGGUGCUAUGAUUAUCUAUAUCAGGAAGCCGAAGCACUUCUGAAAAACUUUCCAGUUCAAGCUACAAUUUCAUUUUAUGAAGACUCAGACAGCGAAGAUGAUGAAGAUGAACUGGAACAAGAUUCAAGAGCAGAAUCAGAUUGCUGA